ACUCAGGUCGCGGUACCCUAGCUCCUCGCCGAUGUGAGUCUUGCCGGAGAUUCUCCACAGAGCUGCCGCCACCCGGCUGCCGGCGGCCGACUCUGUUCCGGGCCUUCCUCCUCCUCUCCCCCUCUCGCACUAGGUGCUCGUAAGCGGUGAACUCCUCCGACUGCGCAAUGUCUACCUAGGGGUUUAGCUCGUUGGUUGAGCAGAUCGAUCGAUGUGCGGUGCCUGACCAACAUUGUUUCCGUGGAUCUAUCAUCUGUCCAUCGAUACUGCAGAUUUUACCUGGUGUGACUUUUGGCUCUGAUGCACCUCUAAAAGAUGCGCUCUGUUCUUGAAAAAAAAUGGGGGAAAUGACACCUUUUCUGCAGAUUGCUACUUGACCAAGCCAAAAUUGCUUUUAGUUAGUAGAUCUUUUGUUGUUUACAAUUUUAUACGAAUAUAUACUUUGGUCAGAUGCACACCUAUCACUGCUUCAGCGUGUUCUUCAGGAAGGAAAUGACGCCUCUUUUGCAAAUUGCUACUUUAUAAUUACCUAAUCGAAAUCUGGUUUCUUUUAGUUGAUCUAAGCUUGGCAAUUCAGUUAAUCUUAUGCAAAACCGACAAAUAUCCAGUAAUAUACUUUGCUCCGAUGUGAAGCCAUUAGUUUAGUAUGCACUUAAUAAGAUGCCACAUCUUUUUCUGCAUAAUUUUUAUACUUAAUAGAAUGCCCUCAGACCUUAGUCUAUAUUAAUAGGAAAAAAAAACGAAAAAUGAGUGUUUGCUGUUGACUGGGUCACUUAUGUUGGGCCAUUGCACAUGAGAAAUCAAGUACACAAUUCCUUCACAGCUUGUUAUACUCUGCUGCUGUUAGUGUUUCUAGUCUAGAAAUAAGGUGGCAACCAAAGGAUCUUCUUUUCUGUUCUAGUCAUGCACCUCAUCAACUAAAAAAAUCGCACAGCGAACUGUCUAAGCUUAGUUGCAGUUACUACUUGGCCCUUACUGCAGCUGUUGUUACCAAGUGCAAGAAACAUAUAUAUGUAGUGCGAGGUUAGGCGGUUUGGCAAAUGUAGUAGCACUACUUUAUUUCUGUCUGGUGGGUUGAUGGUUUCCCUUGCAUCUUCAUAUUCUCAUUUCACUCUGAACUCCUUCAGUUUUCUUACAAAAUUUAGCUGAUGACCUUUGGUCUUAGAAUACUACGAUAAGCACAUGUGCUGUUAGUUGUUGUAUCUUUUUAACUCUGUUUAACAAAGAAUCCUCUGUCUUGUCUUGUAGACUUGCAUGAUGGAGGCUGCACAGGGUCGACCUUGGUCGGAUCUUCAGCCAGAACUCUUGGGCCUUGUCCUCAGCCGCCUCCCCUCCCUAGCUGACCGUGUUCGUCUGAGGGCAGUCUGUCACCCAUGGCGCUCUAAUAGUCUGCAGCAACCGCUUCCCCUCCCAUUCCCAUGGCUCACCCUCCCUAAUGGUACUUUUUUCAGCAUCCCAGUGAUGAUGAGUGCACAUUGAUGAACCCUUUCUCCAAGAGCAUGUUGGAGCUUCCCAACCUUGCCACAGUUCGGCAGCGUGAGGUUCACUACCAAUCUAAUCCUGAACAAUUUUUGUACAAGUUGGUGGCACCCUCGCCCCUGGAUUCAUCACCAGAUUCACUUGUUGCGGCAUUGAUCAUUGGUGAUGGGAUUAUGAAAACACUUUGUGUGAGCCAGCCACCGAUUGUCACUUGCUCGUUCAGAUUCAACAUGCGACCAUUACCGGGCCUAUUGGAUGUUGCAUUCUUGGAUGGAAAGUUGUACGUGUUAUCAGGCAGUGGCAAGCUCUACAUCCUUGAGUUCUGCAAGAAUCUUGGUAGCAAUUCAAACAUCAAAUCCAUAAUUGACGAUUAUGGUGAUUUUCUUGAUAUGCCAGAAUGCUUUCCCAGAAAGAAGAUAUAUAUGCUCAAGUUCUAUCUAGUUGAAUGUGGUGGUGGACUGUUGGUGGUGAAACGAUUUAUUCGUGUCAUGGGCCCUUUUCCCAGGGAUGAUCCCUUUGGAAAUACCCAGACUGCUGGAUUUGAUGUCCUGAAGGCAGACUUGCACUCUAACCCUUGCCAGUGGAGAAGGAUCAGUGAGUUGGGUGGCCAUGCUCUCUUUGUUGGCCAGCAUGGCUCCAAGUCUCUGCCUGCUACAGAAUGCUGUGGAUCCCAAGAGGAUUGCAUCUACUUCAUUUUUUACCACCCUCCUCCAAAGUUUUCUCCGAAUCCAUUUUACGACUGUGGUGUGUACAACAUGAGAAAUGGGAGGAUCACGCCAUUGAUGUCUCAGACUGCAGCACCUGCACAUGAUGGCGGCCAAUGGCGUUCGACGUGGGUUUUCCAUGCUGGAGCUGUGUGACCAAUCUAGCGGGGUUUGCUCCACUGUUUUGGAGAUUCUAGUAUGUUGUUCUGCUGAAGCCUUGCGAUCAACCCAGCCCGGGCGCUGCCCAUCUUUACCCCCAGUGCUGAAGCUUUGCGAUCAACCCAGCCUGGGCGCUGCCCAUCUUUACCCCUAGUGCUGAAGCUUUGCGAUCAACCCAGCCUGGGCGCUGCCCAUCUUUACCCUAGUGAUAUUUUAUCAUGCAGACUUAAGUUCUUAAUUUGUAUGAUGAACAACGCAGCCUGGUUCUGUUUAUCUUUAUCCUAGUGAUAUGUUAUGUAUGGUCUAGUUGUGAAUUUUUAAGUAGUAUGAUGGUGUCCACUUCAAAUCUUAUG